AUGACAAAAGUGACACAGUCGGCGACAGUGCGACGCGGAGUGUCACCGGGGACGCACGGUGGCAGAGAGGAGGCGAGAGGAGGAGCGGGGCGGGAUGGAGAGUCACAGCAUUUCCCGGGGAAGGCGGCCGCCGUGAUCGGCAUGGGACUGGGCGCGGUGCUCCUCAUGGACGUGGGAGACCAGCUGGACUGGGUGGAUAACGGGAACUGGAUGUGGAGGAAAACGGGGCUGAUCGGUGCUCCGGCGCGGGCUGUGGUUUGCAUCGUGGCCGGGAUCUCGCUCCUCGCCAUGGGCUGGCUGUACCGACUGCUGUUCUGCCCCCUGGAGCUGCUGAGGGCGAAGGACGACGUGGGGUACAGCGAGGACGGCCGAUCUCGCGCCGAGGCGGCGAACGAGGUGCGCCGGAGGCGGAAGACCGGAGAGCUGCCCCCCGUGUACCCAAACGGCUGGUAUCGACUUUGCACUUCCCAUAUCUGCAGGAGAGGUGGGAAAACGGGGUCCUGUUCAUAGUGUCAUCCAUCUUCUUCAGGUGAGCAGGUGGCAGCGUUCAGGGGCCUGGAUGGGAAGGCCUACGUGGUAGAUGCCUACUGCCCCCAUCUUGGCGCCAACCUGGCUGUAGGAGGACGGGUUGUUGGAGGCUGCAUAGAGUGCCCGUUUCAUGGAUGGCAGUUUCGGGGUGAGGAUGGCAAGUGUGUGAAGAUCCCUUACGCAGAAAAAGUGCCAGAGUUCGCCAAGGUGCGCUGCUGGAAGAGCUGCGAGGUCAAUGGCCAGCUUCUGGUGUGGUUUCACUGUGACGGAGAGGAUCCUCGGUGGACCGUCCCGGAGCAGGGGGAGAUCAAACGGGGAGAGUGGGUCUACCGGGGGAGAACGGAGCAUUUUAUCAAUGCCCACAUAGAGGAGAUCCCGGAGAACGCGGCGGACAUUGCCCAUCUGGCUCACCUGCACACGCCGGGCAUCGUCAGCGGCGUUGAUCUGCGCUACACCAACAGCAAAACCUGGGAGUUCGUGCGGCACGACUGGAAGGUCCAGUGGGAACCGGAGUCGGAGCCCGACAGGCACUGCUCUCAGAUGCUGGUGAAGCACGCGCUGACGGUGUUCGGACGCCACUGGCCUCUCCUGGACGUUGACGUCAUGGCCAGACAGGUGGGCCCCGGUGUGGUGUUCCUGCUCUUUAACCACAGUUUCCUGGGCCGGGGUGUGAUCGUGCAGUGCGUGACCCCAGUGGAACCCCUGCUGCAGUGCGUGUCCCACGUCAUCUUCUACCAGGCCAAUAUUCCCCUGCUGGUGCCCAAAUUCAUCCUGAAAGCGGAGUGUAUUCAGUUCGAACGAGACGUAAUGAUCUGGAACAAUAAGAAGUACAUCUCCAAACCUCUUCUGGUGAAGGAGGAUUCAGCCAUCCAGAAGCACCGGCGCUGGUUCAGUCAGUUCUACAGCGAGAACAGCCCCAGACUGCACUACCAGCACGACACGCUGGACUUUUGA